AUGAGUAAUACACAUUCUAAAAAACUAAAUGUAUUAAGAGAAUCAAGACAAUCUAUAUCAACUAAUAUAAUUAAGUCACGUAUUUCACCAUUAACAAACGUUUCAAAAAAGAUUUUAACUAAUGAUGAAAUUAAAAUAUUAGAAAACGGCUUAGAUUAUGUCUACCCUAGUAAUAAAUUUGAUGAAAUAGCGUUCAUAAGUAAUAUUGAAACAUAUUUUGUAAAUCUGCUAGGCCAUUGUACUGAUAAAAAAGAUUAUUCAAAAAAAGAUUCUGAUGAACAAAUAACUUAUAAUUUAACACCAACACAAUUGCAGUAUGCUAGCCGAAUAAGAUCAGUUUGUAAUAAUUUUCGUUUCAAAGCAAGUCAAAUAAUUGCCGAGAAUAAAAAAGCAACCAACGAAGUAAAGCAAGUAUUAAAAAAUCUAUCUAAAGAUAAUUCUAUACAAAUAAUGAAACCAGAUAAAGGUAGAGGGAUUGUAAUUAUGGACAAAACGGAAUAUAACAAUAAAAUGCUUCAAAUUCUAAACGAUAAAAACACAUUCAAACAAUUAGAACAAGACGAUACUCUAGCACAAGAAGAUAAAUUAAUCAGAAAACUCAAACAAUUAAAAAACGACGGAUUCAUAACAGAAAAAGAAUAUAAUUUUUGUAGACCUGUUGGAACUCAACCAGGUAGAAUAUAUGGUCUACCAAAAAUACAUAAAUUAAAUUUACCACUUCGACCUAUUGUAUCUGCUUCAGGAACCUUUAAUUUUAAUCUCGCUAAACUAUUGGCAAAAAAAUUAAAUCACUUGCGAAAAAACAAUUCAAUUAUAACAAACACAUUUGAUUUUGUCACGAAACUUCAUUCAUUACGGUUUAAUCCUACUCAAAUUAAACUAGUCUCUUUUGACAUAACUAGUUUAUUCACAAAAGUUCCAUUAAUACGCACUAUUGAGCUAAUACUUUUAAAAAUGUACGGACCGGAGCAUACUUGUACUUAUAGCGAAAAACAACGGGAGGAUUGGUGCACAAAUUGCAAGAACAGAUAUGAAAUGAAAUGUCUAUUAGAGACAUCAACAAAAGAAACUCAUUUUACAUUCGAUAAUAAAAUCUAUUCUCAAAUCAAUGGUAUUACUAUGGGCUCCCCUUUGGGUCCAUUAUUUGCCGAUAUAUACAUGAAUCAUCUAGAGAAUAAAUUAAUGCCUCGCCUUGAAAGAAAUGGUAUUUUAUUGUGGAAAAGGUUUGUUGAUGACACGUUUGUUAUUGUAGAUAAAAAUGCUGAUAUUGAUAACAUAAUUGAAAUUCUUAACAGUUUCGACCCAGAUAUAGUUUUUACUUGUGAACAAGAAAAGAAGAAUUCGUUACCUUUUCUUGACAUUUUUAUCACACGUAAACUAAUCAAUAAUUUUUGGCAAUCUACAAGUUCUUUUAACACAGACUUAUAUAGAAAAUCUACAUAUACAGGCCUUAUAACAAAAUGGGAUUCUAGUGUCCCACAUUCUUACAAAGUCAGUACUUUAAGUAGUAUGAUAUAUCGCGCCAUAAAAAUAUGCUCUUCUUUUACACUAAUGCAUAAACAAUUUCAAUUCAUAAGAAAGAUUGCAAUAAAAAAUGGUUAUCCAGAAAAUUUCAUACAGGCACAAAUUAGGAAAACUCUAGGUAGAUACUACGAUAAAAUAAAUGGAACUCAAAUAUUUCGAUCUCAAAAACAAAAAAACAAAAUAAACGAAGAAACUGAUCAAUCAAUUAAAAAAAGACAAAUAUUCAUUGAUAUUCCAUAUAUUGGAAAACCAACUGAUAUAUUCGGAAAACGUUUAAUUAAUCUUGCAAAAACUAUAAAUCCACAAAUACAUGUUCAACCUAUUUCUCGACCAUCACCAUCAAUAUCUAAGUUUUUUCCACAAAAAGAUCAAAUACCUAAAGACCUUCAAUCUAAUAUUGUCUACAUGAUUAAUUGUUCUAAUUGUGAAUCAUUCUACAUAGGUAAAACAAUAAGACAAGCAAGCAGACGUCUUAAUGAACAUGGUGCAAAUCAAAAUCCUUCUACUAAGACUAAAUCUCAGUCUUCUACAAUAACUCUAAAUAUAGAUAAUUUACGUAGAUCAGAAAGAAAUAAAGGUAAAACCGUUAAUUACUUUCCAAUAGACGAAAUAGAAAAUAAUAUUAAUGAACAAACAAAAGAAACUAAUUCCGCUAUAAAACAACACGAAAUAACAAAUAAUCAUAUAAUUAAUUGGAGUGACUGGAAGAUUCUAACUAGAGAUACAAAACACUAUCGCUUACUAAUUAGAGAAUCUUUAUCUAUAGUUCAAUAUCAGCCUAUACUCAACAAAACUACUUGCUCUGUACCACUAAUCAUCUAUCCAGAAGGACUACAAAUAACUAAACCUAAAGUUAAGAUUAAAUCAAUGUAUCAUACACUACCACGGGGGGAAGGUCAGUGUUAUGAGCGCUCAUAA